AUGAUCAAAAUUGAUUAUCUCAGAGAUAAAAUUGAUAAACUCUCACCGGAGACCACCUAUUGUUUAAAAGUUAAGGCAAGACUACGUACGCCAAGGAAAGUUGGUGUCUAUAGUCCAGUGUAUUGUAUAAAUACCACAGCUGAAAAUAAACUGCCUCCACCUGAAAAUUUAGAAGUUGAUGUUAAAGAUCAGAGCUAUGUUCUUAAAUGGGAUUACGCAUAUGCAAACGUGACCUUUCAAGUUCAGUGGCUCCAGGCCUACGUAAGGAAGAAUCCUGGGAAACAUUCACAUGGAUGGGAACAAAUACUUGGCUGUGAAAAUGUCAAAACUACCCAGUGUGUCUUUGCUCAAAAUGUUCUCCCAGAAGGAGUUUACUAUAUCCGUGUACAAGCAUCUGAUGGAAAUAACACAUCUCUCUGGUCUAGGGAGAAAAAAUUUAACUCUGACAUGCAAACUAUUGUACUUCCUCCAGUCAUUAACAUGAAAUCCAUUGGUGAUUCACUGCGCGUCUACAUAGGUGCUCCCAAAGAGGCUGAAAACAAGCCUGUGAACCAGCGUUACCCACUAAGCUAUGAAAUUAUUUUUUGGAAAAACACUUCAAAUGUUGAGAGAAAAUUUCUAGAGAAAAAAACUGAUUUUACUAUUCCUAACUUGCAACCGCUGACUGUAUAUUGUGUCAAAGCCAGAGCACACCUUGUGGAUGGAAAAUGGAAUAAAAGCAGUGUUUUUAGUGAUACUGUGUGCGAGAAAACAAAACCAGGAAAUACUUCCAAGAGCUGGCUUAUAGCUGGAAUUUGCACUGCACUAUUUGCUGUCGCAGUCAUCAUUUAUGCUAUGAAAGUCCUCUGGAAAGGCAUCAAUUAUGUGUUCUUUCCAUCACUUAAACCUUCUUCCAGUAUAGAUGAGUAUUUCUCUGACCAGCCAUUAAAGAAUCUUCUGCUUUCAACUUCUGAGGAACAAACUGAAAAAUGCAUUAUAAUUGAAAAUGUAAACACAGUUACUACGAUAGAAGAAACUAAUCAAAUUGAUGAAGAUCACAAAAAAUACAGUUCCCAAACUAGUGAAGAUUCAGGAAACUAUUCUAAUGAAGAUGAAAAUAGUGGAAGUAAAACAAGUGAAGAACUUCUAGAACAGGAAACGGUAUGACCAGAAAUGAAGUCUAUAAGCAUUAAUUAGGUUGUUUUGCAGGAGUUCACUGGGAGCCUGAGCUCCUUGCUCUUCUCAGUAAUUAUGGAGGAGGAUAUUUGAUUGUUGGGGAAGAAAAAAACAUCUUCAGAUCAUAAGUCCUAACAAUACAGGCAAGCACUUAACUACUUAAAAAUGAAAUUACAGGAGUUGGGAGAAAAGUUCCCUACAUUCUUUUCCAUGUGUAAAGUCCUGAAAGACCUAUCGUCGGUCUUGUCUUCGAUGAGAUGAGUCAGGUCAAGAAGAUGACCACCCAUCUUUCUCAUGACAGCUUAAGUACCGUGGUGCUAGCUGUGCUCUGUGGCAAAGGAUGGUAUUUGUGUUCCUGUCACUUGCUGUCAUGGGUGCUGCAGCCUACUGCGUGUGUCAGCUGUUUGUUCUUCAUUCCCAGUAUUACAUUUCAUUCUUUUUCAAGAGUUAUUUAGAACAUUUGAUCUUUUAAUACUGCUGUAGGCCCUGAGGAAGUGUAUUUAGGCAAGCCUGGACACUGUUAUUACUUGGUUUUCUGAAUAGCUUACCCUAGAAAACGGCCACAGAUGCUAGAAAGAUGAUCCUUAAAAAUGUUUGGGGAAUUCUAUCCAUUUAUCCCAAAACAUUGGCUUCUACACCGCAGUUACCUAUCCUUCACAUGGCCCGGGAUGAAAACCAGGUAAUCUUUCACUAUGCAGUAAGACUUCCUGAUUCAUAACUUAUUAGAACAAUAGCUUCUGAUUAGAAUUUGCAAUUACUGAAGUCAUAGAAAAUGGAUAACUAUCUGAUUAGGGAAGUGAUUGUUUUAUUUUAAGAUCUGAGGGUAUGUACAAGUUAGUCAAAUUGUAUGCAGGAAAUAUUGGGACCAGAAAAUGCCAAUGAUAGAAGAGUCAGAAAGAAGUAGAAUAAUUCAACAGGAAAGAAGUGUGACUUUGGUGAAAAAAAUAAGAAUAAUGUAUAUAAUCAACUUUUAAUUAUUAACCCACUAUGUAUGUUUGUUCUUAUGGCUCAUCUGGUCAUUUUUAAUACUGGCCUGGCUUCUCUAUACUGUCUAGCAGUAGUCAGGUAACCCUUCUGCUCAGCCUGCAUGCACUCAAGGAAAUACAAAUUGUUGAAUAGCAAGGUGAGAAAAAAACGUAACUAGGAACAAAAACCUAAUUUUAAAAAUUACGUAAUGCUUUCCAAAGGCACCUGUAACUUAUUUUUAAAUUAGUUGAUAUUUGGGGUUCUCUCUGGAUGUUCUUUAUAGGCAGGAAGUCUGGGAAUUCUGAUGGCCCCUAGGGCAGAAUUCUCCCUUCAGUUGUUGCAGCAGGGACCAGUGAAAGAGAAAGAAGAUGAAGUUACAGAGCGUGCUGGGGACUGUCCGUCUCUGAGGCCAGUGUCAUUUAUGUAGUCGUCUCUGCUGAGGUAACAGGGUCAUCGCGGAGGGGAAAGGUUGAAAGCAGCAGCCCUUGAGAGGCCAGGACACUUAGCACAUCCUGGGCACAUACACAGGUCUGCAGACCACACCGUGCGUGUUCCUGGACCUGUCGCCCCAGCGUCCUGAGUCAUUCUAGCGGAGAACAAUGGGCCACCAAGGAAGCCCAGGGAUCUCCUCUGAGACACAGCUCCCAGCUGGAGAGCCUGCAGGGACACCUUUUCAUCUUUGUCACCAGAGGCAUUUGGCGUGAAGCACAUCUGCCGGGUUGGCCUUACGUUUGGAAAGGCCCUGUCACUUUGGAAGUUUGCCUCUUUAGAGACAAGAUUGGGAACAUGUCAUGACUCCCUGCCACCGCUGCCUUUCAGACCGGACCGAUUCAGUGAUCCUGUCUCGCACUUCCAGGCCUGUGCUCAUCGCAGGGCAAAGCUGCUUCAGACGGGACAUCUGAAAAGAAACAACGCCAUUGUGGGAUGUGGAGAAAGGAAAAUGCAGGCAUUGACAUUAAAAGACACCAGUGAAGUUGUUAGGGCACUAAGAUAAGCGAACACCGGUCUUGAAGUUUUCAAACCAUCUGUGGUUUUCAGCGAACAAGCACCUGAGCAGCAGCAACAAAAAAAAAAAAAAAAGACUUCAUUUUUGCCUUGUCUUCUAGACAUGAAAAGGCAGUUCCAUUCCAUCCUUCAUUGUGUGCUACGUGUUGCUUGAUCAGGAUGUGCUCAGUCGUGAGAUAAAUAUUUUUUCUGAACAACAAUUUACUUAGAAACACCAUGCACUUGGGGGCACCAAUAAAUUGCCUCAAAAUUAUAGUAUUGGUCAUUCUUAGACUAGGUAUGAUCUAAGAACGUAUGUGAAAGACUGUAUCAUUAGAGCCAGAAAUGUUAUAUUAAUAUGUAGAACAUAUUAAUGUUCAUAUGUAUGCAUUAAUAUUCAUGUGUAUAUAUAAGUGACAUGGGCCUGUAAGCACAUGCAGAUGUAUAUAUGUGUCUGUAUAUGUACACCUACACACACGCACACACACACACAGUGUGGGCCUUAUUCCGUUAGUAUGGCCAUAAAGUACUUACUAGUAUACAUUCUAAUUAGAAAAUUAGAAAUGCUGCUCGGAAGUGUGAACUUUAAGUGUAUGGCCAGAAAUUUGCAAUCUCCAAAAAAGUUACUUUAAAAAUAUGAUUUAGAGUUUGUAUCUUUCCCCCCAAAAGAGACUGUGACAUUUAAAGCAGCCUCAAAUUGCUCCUAAGGAGUUGAGGGUGGACGGAAGCGUCCCGCCUCUCCAUACCCUCCCUGGUAAUCCUAUGACUGUCUGACAUGUUACGAUGUAUAUUUGUCUUGUUUGGUGUCUGUCUUCCCCCACGCGAGAGUCAGAGGCUCCAUGAGAGCAGGGACUUAAUUUUGUUCAUCACUGUGUCCCCAGCACCUAUCAGCGCAGGGCCGUGCACGUAGAAGGUGCUCAGAAAAUGAUUAUUGGAUGAAUGAAAUCUAAAAUGUGAAGAAGGGGGUGUUUCUGACA